AUGCUAGGGAUCUUUAUUUUAAUCGCUCAUGCUGUUUUAGUUCUUUCAGCUUGCCCAAAUGAUAGUUUAGAUGUAGGUGGAAGACUUAGCUGUAAUAAGCCAAAAUACAUGACUGACAACCUUAUAUGUACAGAGGAGUGCCCAACUCGCUUUUCAGAUGAAUAUACUUGUCCUAGCUGCUAUAAAUAUUGUGAUGGGCCUGAUCCGUCAAAUACAAUUUUAUUCACUUUAGAAUUUUCUGGUUUUCAAGAUUUUACGCUUGACAGAAUCCAGGAUCCCAGUGGAACAGAAUUUUUAAACCCAGGAGGAAUCUCAUUUAAUGAUCCAUCACAAAAUUCCCCGUUACCUACCUUAGACCGAGGCUUUUAUUUUGCCCCUACAUCUGGGAUGUCCAGCAGCACAAGCUUUAUCCCAGGUCUUUAUUUUAUUUUAAAUUUAUGAAUAAAAGCUCUUGAUGGUGGAGAAAUUUUAAACGUCCUUAUUGACCCAAUUUCUUAUAUAAGAAUAUCUUCAGUCCUUGGGUUAUAUCAAUUUGAUGCUUUGAUUAAAGGCUCAGACGGAUCACAAUAUUCUGUUUCAGAGAUGAGUGGAAAUUCAUAUUCUUCAUCUUGGCAUUAUGUGUCAAUUUAUUUUAGUCAGGAUAAUUGUAAUACAGCAUCAUUCAGCAUUGAUGCUGAUGGAGGUACAGAUUAUAGCACGUCAUGAGCUGAUUCUGAGAUGAGUUUUCCUAGUGGGACUUAUAAUUGAAAUCUUGGAUCUACAAGUACAUAUAAUUCGUUUAAAGGGUUUAUUUAUUGGCUUCAAACAAGAGUCGAUAAUGAAGUAAAUAGCCCAACGUCGGCUCCAACGGUUGAUUGUGCUGAUAAGCAGUACUGAGAUGGAACUAAUUGCAAUGACUGUAAUAAUUCAUGCCCAAAUUGGCCUUGAUGCAUUAGAAGCGACUGCUCAAUUUGCUAUUCGCCAGAUUGUAGCUCUUGUAUAGCUUAUCCGACACAAUAGAUUUCUAUAAGAUUAGUCUUGAUAAUAAAGUCAAUUUGUGUGGAUUUUUUUCAGCCUUUUUUUUAGUUUAGACUUAGCUAUAUUAAUGAUGAUUUAACAUCAAUAAGAAUAGUCCAUAGUCAUCUGGAUUAAUCCAAUAACUAUACUGGGUAUUCUUUUGCAACUUGCUCUGCAUGCACUACAGGAGUCCUUCCAUUAUGCUGUGACCAUCUAGCAACAGAAUGCACCCAAACUUGGACUAGCACAUUAUGUAAUUUUGGGUUACCUAGCGCAGGAGUUUGCUUGUAUGGGACUCCGUAUGGGGCAUGGGACUGUGGAGGUUAUUAUUGUUUUACAGUUUUAACAGCUGAUUUUAAUACCCCAUUUGCUGGGGCAUAUGGUUCAGAAUUUAUUACUGGUAGUAGCUCUUCAAGCUAUAAUUAUUGGAAUAGUCCAGAAGCGUCUGAUCCAUUGCCAGCUAAAAAUAGAGGCCUUUAUUUUGAUUCGAAUAGGGUUUUGAGUGGGUCUAUAAACUUAUCUAAUACUUGGAGCAUAGGAAUUUGGGCUUAUGUUAUUUCUGGGGUUCUAAUUAGUGCUGGCUCAAAUAAACUUAAUUUUAGGACUAUAGGAGCUAUUGAUUUUGACUUAUCUCACAAUUAAUAGCGAACAAUUUUAUUAUUAUUAAUCGGAUAAAAAUAUUUUUGAUUCAUCUGAAUAAUAAGGCUUAAGUUAAACAAUUUAUUAUGUCGUAAUUUUAUUUUAAAAAAAAUCUUAAUAAAGAUAAAUUGAUUUUUAAAUAUUUUGACAUUAAAUUUAAUUUUUAGGAUUUUUUAUUUUACUAUGAUAUCUUCUAAAUAACCAAAAAAAAAUACUUACUCUUCCUCGAACAAAAUAUUGGAAAAAUCUGUAUUUUUUACCCCUCAGCUAUCAAAAAAUAUAUUUUAUGCAAAAUAUUUUUUAUAUAUAAAUGAUAAUUAUUAUAGCUAAUUUUGUUUAUUUUAAAUAAUUUGCAUACAUAAAUCUUCAAAAUUUAAGUAUCGAAAAAUAAUUUUUAAAAAAAAUAUUAAACCCCAUCCGUAGGCAAACAAAAUUUUUUUCUUUGCUCACAAAGGGGGGAUUUAAUUAUAUUAACUGCAAAGUUAGAAACUUGAGACGGCACAAAAGUAAGCUACACUGUAUCAAAUCCUCUAGCUUUAAAAACAUGAAGUUACAUUUCUUGUUCAGUUGGGUUUGCUAAUAAAUCUACAACAAUAACUCCUUAUUUAAAUAUGAUACCUGGGACAGCACUUACAGUUGCAAAUAGCGUAUUUAGGUUUCCAGAUGGUGGAAAGCUGUAUAUAGGCUCAGGUCUUCCAAAAUUUAAAGGCUUUAUAAGCUAUUUUCAGCUAUGAGGAGAAACCAUUACAGACUUUUCUACGCCCUAUAAUCUUUAUGGCUUUACAGGCGGAGUGGUAUCAACCUUAUGGCCAUGCGAGUAUUCUUAUUAUUAUGAUGGAAGCAAUUGCCAGCCAUGCUUAGGCUCUUGUACAAUGGGCUGCACUAGAGGGACAUCUUGCUAUAUUUGUGACGAUAUUUUAUGUGCCAAAUGCUUAUCUUUUUUACCAAACAGCUGCACGCUAUGCAUUUCUAAUGCUUCUGGACCUCCUUGCCAAUGCAAUCCUGGAUUUUAUCAACCUGCAAACCAAGCUCUUUGCUCUCCUUGCCAUACAAAAUGUGCUUCUUGUGUAGGGUCUUUAGACACUUUAUGCACUUCCUGCAAUUCUGGCUAUUUUUUAUAUAUUAAUAAGGUAUGUCUACUUAACUGCCCAACAGGAUAUAUAGAGAAUUUCUCAACAAAAAUUUGCACAUUUUCAUCAGCAACUGGGUUAAGUUUAUCAUUAUCAUUAAUUAUAUAUAACGUUUAACGUCUACUAAGGGGUCACCUUGUCCAGGGCUUUCACCACAUUUUAUCCAUGUAUCGGGCCCAUGGACCUCUGGAUCGAUCCAUUUUGUUUCACCAGGGCACGGACCAUUACGAUGUUCUGGCUUCGAUGGGCUUCGUUUUGCCUCGCUCAUCCUUGACUCAGCUCCUGCACGUGCUCCUCCUAAGGGUAACCUCAGGUGUGCUGAGAGGUAAAACUUCGAACUUCUUGAUGUACUUGGAGCAGUACCUCGGCUUUAUCUGUCAGAGUUAAACUGCUGUUGCUGUACAGAAGUUCUCAGAAGAAAACCUAACCCUAAAUAAAAUGGCAUUUCGGUUCGAGUGAAAUUAGCGGAGCUAAUUUUCUCUCCCUCAAGCAAUUCUAUUUAGGGGUUAAGUUUAUCCCUUUACGACCAAAUAAAGCUCGAUUCAGUCUCAGGGGUACAAGUUGGGCCUACCAGUAAUGUUUAUCCAACCUAUGAGACAGGCGAUCCAUACCCUCAGUAUCUACAAGGGUAUUAUUUUAAAUCAUCAAGCUAUAUGUUAACAAAUACUGUGAUAGGCCCAUAUUUUACUAUAUCUAUAUGAGUAUUUCCAACAUCUUCAGGCCCAAUUGUUAGUAAAAUAGUUUCAGGUGUACAAAUUUUUUGUUUGGAACUCAAUGGUGGAUUUCCCAAACUUUCGCUUUCUCUCACUCCCCCCACCUCACUGAGCAAACAAAAAGCUUUAUUCGCUAAUCGGAGGGGGUUAAUUUUUUUUUUAUAAAUUUUAUAGUAAUUUUUUUUUUCAAAAAUAAUUUAAUUUGUCAUUUAUAUUAAUAAUCAAAACUUUUUUCAUAAAAAAAUUUUAUAUUAAAAAAUAUUUUGUUCAUUCACAGAGGGUGGGCUUUUGGGGAUUUUUCCAAUGGUUUUGUUCGCUCACGGAGGGGGCAGUCAGUGAUUCUUCGUCAUUUUCUGUUUUAUCAUCUCAGAAUAUCCUGAUAAGCAGCUGGAGUUUUGUUUCAUUUACAGGAAAAAUUGAUUCAAGCAGCACAGUGACCAUAAACUCAUAUUUUAACUCAAUAUCUACAGGGUCAGGCAGCUCUUCAACACAAACUUAUUUUCAGGACCUAAAUACUGGUACUCUUUAUAUUGGAAAUGCAGGCACAAGUGGAUUUGAAGGUUUUUUAUACAAUUUAAAAAUUUUUAAUUCAGCAAGUUAUUAUAUCAACGACUAUAAAACUUCAAGCUGCACUUCUCCAUGCACUCAGUGUCCUAGUGACUAUAACUGUCCUAAAACUUGCCCAUUUUUGGAGUUUUAUAAUGUAUCAGCUUGUGAAAGUUGUGCAGGAUCAUGCACCAAUGGGUGUAGAUAUAGCAGUUCUACCGGCACAUGCACCCUUUGUAAGACUCUACAAUGUUAUGUAUGUGAUUCAUUUUCUGGGUCUUGCUCAAGCUGUAUCACAAAUGCAGAAAAUGAUGGAUCAGGAGGAUGUAAAUGCAAGACAAACACGUUUUGGAAGCCAGGUAAUUGUGAAGUGUGUGAUGUGCUUUGCUCUCUCUGUAAGCAAGCCAGCUAUUUUGAAUGCAGCAGCUGCACAACGGGAAGCCAGAUGGUAAAUGAUAUAUGUUUAAAUGACUGUCCUUAUGGAUAUGGAGCUGCUUGCACAGUAGUCUCAACUGCAGUUAUUGAUUUAUUAUUUGAUAUAAUUAAUUGAAUCGUAUAGGUUUUUAGUAAUUAAAAUAUUGUAUUGUCCUUAUAUGAAUAUUUUAAUGAAAUAAUUAAAUCAUUGGGAAUACUGAUUUUCAAGGUUCUUAUGGUAUUUUUACUUCUGGGAGUUCUUCAAGCACCUAUCAGCAUUUUGUAUCCCCUGAAGCAGUUGAUCCUGUGCCUGCAUAUAAAAGAGGUCUUUAUUUUGAUGGGAGCAUGCAUUUAGAAUCUUCAUUGCCUGUUCCACUUUCUCACAGCUUUUCUAUGGGGACGUGAAAUUGGGAUUUAACUGCUGACACUAUUAUAAGUAAAAAUCAGCUACAAAUAAUAUCAGAUGGAUCUAUGAGAGUAAAACUGGUAGAUAAUAUGCAAGUAGAGUCAGUAAUUUCAUUAACACAAAGUACCCUGCUCUUAGCUUGAAAUUACAUAUCAGCCGUAGUAGCUUACACAUCAAGUACGACUAUUUUCGAAAUUUAUAUUAAUGGAAAUUUAGUGGACUCAUUAAGCAGCCCUAAUUUGAUUUUUCGAGACCAAUCAUCUACUAAUUUGAAAUUAGGAAAAUAUAGCAGUUCUGGAUUUGUUGGGUUUUUAUAUUCUUUUCAGCUGUGGAAUGUAAGAAUUAGUGAUUUUUUAAGUAUCCUUAAUGGCUUCUCAUUUUGUGGGGCUGGAUUAAAAUCUUCUUGCUUAUCAACUUGCUCAUAUUCAGCAUAUCAAGAUGGUGCUUCUUGCCUAUCUUGCAGUUCAUGCACUAAAGGAUGUGUCAGAGGAAAUUCCUGUAAUAUUUGUUAUGAUAUAUUAUGCUUAGUUUGUUCAGGGUUUGGAGCAGGAAAAUGCACUCAAUGCAUUUCUAGCGCUAAUUUAGUUUCUGGCUCAUGCUUUUGCAAUCCUGGCUAUGGGGCUUCUGUAGAUGGACUCUCAUGUGCGUUAUGUCCAAGCGAGUGUUCUCUAUGUACUAUUUCGAUCUAUAAUAAAUGCACUGCGUGCAUUUCAGGGUUUUUCUUGUUUGCCUCAACUGGACAAUGCUUAAGUGAGUGUCCAUCGGGGUAUAUUAAAAAUUCAAUCACAAAUGCAUGUGAUUAUGUAUCAAAUAUAGGAAUAAAUCUGGAUUUAACAGACCAGAUUCGUCUUGAUACUGUUUCUGGGUUCAAUAUAGGUAUUUAUAAUGCAAACACUUAUCCAAAUUUUGAUGUUAAUGAUCCAAUUCCAGCUUAUAAAAGAGGCUACUAUUUUAAAUUCAGCAAAUAUUUAUCAUCGACUGUAAUGAUAGCACCAUCAUUUACAGUUUCUAUAUGAACUAAACCACUCUCAGGUGGGAUAUUAGUAACAAAGUACUUCUCUAGCGAUAUUUUCAAGAUAACUGUAGACCCAUCUGGGUUUCCAGUCCUCUCAAUAAAAUUUUGCGAUUCAACUUCUACAACUUUAACAGCUUCUACAAGUAUUUUAAACAGUUGGCAUUUCUUAAGCUUUACAGGCCAAGUUCAGUCUGAUGGAAAAACCAUUAUUAAUCUCUACAUCAAUGCAGUAUCUACUAACUCUAUUACAACUACUUCUUUGACCUACUUUAAAGAUACUACUUUAGGAUACCUUUAUAUAGGAAACGAUGAAACUUUUGGAACUUCAGGACUUCACGGCUUUUUAGCACGAUUAAUAAUAUAUAGCUCGAGCAUCCAUAUAGAUAGAAAUUAUAAACUCUUAGUCAUUUAGCGUUUUCACCAAAAGUGUAGCUACCAAUUGUGGCUAACAAAAUUUAUAAAGCUUCUCAACCCUCAAUUUGUGGCAAUCUUUGUUCCAUAACAUAAGAUCAAACCUUUUCUUGAGCUAUAUAAUUCGUAUAGCAACCAAGCUGAUGAUUAUGCUACUUCUUCAUGUGUGACUGGCUGCUCUGCUUGUCCAUCAAAUCAUUUGUGCUUAAGUGAAUGUGACUUCGAUAAAUACCCUGAUAGCUGCAUAGCUUGCUCUAGCUGCAGCCAAGGAUGUGUUAAUGGCUUAUCAUGCAACCUUUGUAGAGAUAAAGAAUGCGAAUCAUGCACUAACUUUUCAGGAGAAUGCACAAGUUGUAUUGCAAAUGCUUAUAAAUCAGCUGGCCAUUGCAUGUGUCUUGCAAUUGCAUUAUGAGUUCCCAAAUAAAUGGUGACAUUGACGGAAAUAGAACUUCGUGACCACACCUCCUGAUAGAACAGUGGACCGGUGUGAUGAAAGGUGAUCUUCGUUAGAGACCAUCUCGAAGGGAAGUAUGCUGAAAAAUGGUAUUUUGUUUCUCUCCCGAAGGCUUUCUUUUCCUGCCAGAUGGGUAGAAAGGUUUUGCCACAACAUGGCCAUUAUUCUGUCGCCCACUUAUGGUCAGUUUAAUAAUUUAAUUUAAGAGUUCCCAACUUCCAAAGCUGUGAGCUUUGUCAUUCAAUUUGUGCAUCUUGCUCUACACUGAAAUUUAAUGGCUGCCUUACUUGUAUAUCAGGGUAUUAUCUGAUUCAAUCUUUGUGUAUGUCAUUUUGCCCUACUGGAUAUACUGUAAAUGGUAGUAAUUGUAAUGCUAAUCCUGCUUAUACCAAUUUUUUUGUAUUUAAUUUGAUGCCGCAUCAAAUAAAAGAUGUCGUUACUGAUUUAAAGUCAAAUAUACCAGUACUUACAGGCAAAGAUAAUAGCUUUUAUCCUGAUUAUGAUGCAACUGAUCCUAUAGCAACUAUUAAUAGAGGUUAUUAUUUUACUGGCUCAUCUUAUAUGCAGCUGCCUCCUUAUGCAGGUACUACCACACCACUAUUUACUUUUGCACCAAAAUUUACUAUAGCAGCUUGAAUAAAACCAAUAAUAGGCACUGGGGUUAUUUUUUCUACCUCCUUGGCUAUUUAAAAAAUCAUUAAGGGAGAUUAGCCUCUAUACAAACAAAUAUAAUUUUUUUAGUGAAUGCUUUUAAUAUAUAAUUAAUUAUAUAUAUAUUAAAAUCACAGGGCAAAUUGUAUUAAAUUUUUAACAACUUGUGUUUUAGAGCAUAAAUUUUUCAAAUUAACUGAGAUUUUUUUGGAAUAUCUCCAAGUGGGAAUUAAGCAAGCUAAUAGCGGAUUAUUUAAAAAAUCGAUCAGUCUUGAACUAAUAAACAAAUAUCUAUCACUUACUUUGACUCUAAAAGACUCAUCUACAAUUACUUAUACAAGCUCUAAUCCCUCAUUAGAGACUACCCUUUCUCAAUGAAAUUUUAUAUCAGCAAUUUCCAGUGGCUUCAUGUCAUUUGAUCGGGACUCUUUGCGAAUGAGAUAUUUCCUGGGAAAAUUUGGUCAAAUUUUUUUCUCGUGAGGCACUUGCUUGGAAGAAAUCGUCAAAUUUCGAUCAUAAAUAAAAUGGCAUUCGGUUCGAGAGAAAUUAGCUCUGCUAAUUUUUCUCUCCCUCAUGGAAUUUUAUUUAUGGGGUUAGGUUUUCACUCGAGAACUUCUGGACAGCAAUAGCGGUUUAACUCUGGGGAUAACCAGAGGAACUGCUCGUCAGUCCUCUCAAGAUUUCGGGGUUUUACCUCUCAGCACAUCUCCACGGGAAGAUGACCCUUAGGUGGAACACGCGCAGGAGCUGAGUCGAGACAAGGGCGACGGCAUCGCGCCGGGUGAGACGUGCAGCAAGGUUGGUGAAGCAGGAGUUGAUAGAAGGCUUGGCUAGGGCUGACCUGUUCUAAGAUGGCUCGCCUACGUCACUAGUUUUGCCAUAGGUCCUUUUUGGGCUGCGGCACUAGACACCUUAAACACCAGAUAAUUAAGUUAAGUAAGUCAAAUUUCGAUCAAAUAUCUCAUAGAAAAAAUUUCGACAAUGCCUCAAAGAGAAUGUCUCACUAUUAAAAAGCCUAGAGGAAAGAGUAUGACCUAUUUCCAGCAUAAGCUCUACCCCUCAGCAAACUAUAACUUUAUCUCUAAAUGGAGCAAGCGAUCUCUCAAGCGAUUUAGCCCCAAGCUGGCUGAUAGAUUUAGAACAAAACGCAUUUUUUCAGCACUUUCACCCCCUUUGAAUUGGUUUUUCUAUAAGAAAAUUUUAUCGAUGAAAGUAAUAAUUGUUUUAAAAUUAGUUUUGACAUAAUUUAAUAGAUUAAUUGCAUAAUAGAAUUUUAUUUAAACAGUUUUCACACUGAAUUGAUUGAUUAAAUUUUUAAUUAUUUUUCACAAAAUACAUUAAAUUCAAAUUAUUUUAUUCAAUUUAAUUUUUUAAGAUUUUUAAACAUUUUUUUAUCGAAAAUUGUGUUUUAAAAAAAAUUAACCCUGAAACAGGAUUUUUUGUUCCAAUUUAAAGAGGAGGAGUUAGAAAUUCGUUUUUAAUAGCAAUUGGGGCAUGCUACUCAAGCCCUACAUCUUUAAUAUCAUUUUUUAAUGGAUUUUUAUGGGAUCUAAAAAUCUACAACAAUUUAUAAUAAUGAGAAACUUUGCUACCGUUUCCUAUUCACCAUGUAAAAUAGAAACAUUGCUUAGUAGCAAGUUUUAUUCAUUAUAAAAGAGUAUAUAAUACACCAAUAGCAGUCAGUAGUUUAGCUUCAAGUUCUUGCAAUUGAUGCUCCAUAUGUCCUAUUGAUAAUGGCAAUGCUUGCAUUGAUCCUUGCGGUUUAGACAAAUACUUGGAUGGCAGCAUCUGUGUAGCCUGUUCGCUUGGAUGUUCUACAAAUGGCUGCGUAAGAAGUGAUAAAAGCUGCAACUUAUGUAAAGACGUUAUCUGCAAAGUAUGUGACGAUUACACAAAUACAUGCAUUACUUGCAAAACAAACGCAAAUUUAGUAGGCACAAGCUGCCAAUGCAAUUCUGGGUAUUAUUGGAACACUAUUAAUGAAGACUGCGAAUUAUGUGAUAUUUCUUGCAAAACCUGCACAUCAUCUAGCUCUUUGGACUGCUUAUCUUGUGCAGAUGGAUAUUAUAGUUCUUUAGGAGUUUGUAAAGUUGAGUGUCCUGUAGGAUAUUCUUCUUCUCCAAGUGGAUGUGUGCUGGCCAAAGAAAAAAUUUUUGACUUAGACCUUAAUACUCUGAAUGGAGUCAUUUAUGAUAAAGCAAGCUCAAUCCCAGUGAUAACUGGGUCAUCUGAACAAUUUUAUCCAGAUUAUGAAGCUGAUGACCCUAUCCCUGCUUAUUUAAGAGGAUUUUAUUUUAAUGGGCAAUCUUCAGUUUUAAGGCUGCCUGAGUAUUCGACCUAUACAUCUCCAAAUCUUCUAAUUGGGACUACCUUUACAAUUUCUAUAUGAAUUAAUACAGAAAUUUCCUCUUCUGCUCUGUUAUCGAAACAUGAUAUUACUAACAAUUUUUCAGUGAUUUAUUCAAUCCUGCUAAUAGGCAGCAAGCCAGCAAUCUCAUUGAUUAUAAAUUCAUCUCCUUUUAUAUUACAGUGCCAAACCUUGCUUAAAUUAAAUUAGAUAAUAGUGGGUGGGAUAGUCCUCACUUCUCACUGGCAGAUUUUGUGCAGCGCUAGUCGCCUGGCAGUACAGAAAAAUUGGAUUGCUUUCAUCUCUGGUAACUCCAAGCCUAGUUGAAACCCCUGGCUUCUCGGUAGUGAUAUUGCCCUAUUGGGUCAAAGAUCUUCGCUGGGCAUCACAUUUCGAGCGUGGUCUCUUCGGCUGCCUAGCUAACUCCUCACUGCCUAUUAUAUUGCUCCUGCUCGGAACCCUUUAACUGGAUAGACUGCCUUGUUGUCUAGCCUAUUCCCUCUUCCCAUGUCAUCGUUGAGAAAAAACUCAACUAUUCCCUUGAUCCGGGGGCGACCACGAUAGCAGCUUGAGCAGGUGAUUCUUCCUAGCUUGGGUGAUGCUGGUAAUAAAAAUUCAAUGCAACUCUAUCUAUUUGAUCAUGCCAUAAAUCAGCGAAUUUGUGCUUUAGUCCUUCGCUGCAGGACACCAAAUAUUGCUGGGCCAACUCCUGACUCCAAAGCCAUCCCCAGAUAUACAUCCCUACCAUCACACGAGAGGGCAGGCUAGACGUCAUCGCCAUUUUAUGUAUAUUCCAAGCCUUGCUUAAUAAUUAUGAAUGAAGUCAUAUUGCAUUUACACUAGAGCCAAAUAGCGGCUAUAAUAUAAUGUCAAGCUAUAUAGAUGGGCUAUCUGAUUCCUCUGCAACUACAGGGUAUGGAGCUUUUACUGAUACAGUUUCUCAUACUACAAUUACUAUAGGAGCCCAACUUAGUUCUCAAGGACUUUAUAAUUAUUAUCAAGGCUUUAUUUAUAGUAUCCAGAUGUUUAAUAUAAUAAAACCAAUAUCAAGCCUGUCUACUAAAUUGUGUAAUGAAAACUGCAAUGUUUGCCCAACAAACCAAAUCUGCAUCCCAAACUGCAAAAUAAAUGAAUAUUGGAAUGGGCCUGCUUAUAAUAAAUGCUAUAAUUGCAAUAAUAAAUGCAAAAAGUCUUGCAGGGACUGACGAGACACCUGCUCACUCUGCAGUAAUUUAUUAUGUGAAGACUGCGUUGGAUAUUCAUCAGCAGAAUGCUUAACUUGCACAGAAAAUGCUAUAAACCCUGACUCAUGUAUCUGCGAUGAUAAUCAUGUACUAGGAACUCCAAAUAACACCACUUGCAUUACUAUAGCACAAGGUGGGUUUAGAGGUCCUGAUGGUGUCUUUUAUCCCUGUCCAAACCUCUGCACUCUUUGUGAGUCUUCUACAAAAUGCACAGCUUGUGUAGAAAACGCUAGCCUCAAAACCGAUCUCUGCUAUUGCAAUCUAGGCUACAAUGGCAUUAAAGCUUGUGCAUUGGUUCCUUUUUCAGCCAAACUUGCAGUUCUCUUUGAUAAUUCCCUCUCCCUUACCUUUUCAGAAAGCCUAGCAAAAGUUCUUACAGUCUAUGAUUUUAUAGUAGUAAUUGAAAAGCAAGGAGAAAUUGCAUGUAAAAUUGAGCAAGUAAAUAGUACCUUUUAUUAUAUUUCUUUGAACAUAAAAGAGAAAAUUUCUAAAGGCACCUUAGCUACAUUUACAUUUUUAGAUCUAAAAGAAGUAAAAUCAGUGUCUAAUGGCAUCUUAAAUUCAUCAGAUUUUACUGUGAUUUUGAAUUCUUAUGAUCCUGAUCCGUAUUCCUCAGAUGUUGAGGCAGUUACAUCACAAGCAACGGCAAUAACGCAAACUACAGUUGCUGCAGGUCUUGCGUUAUCAUUUAUAAGCCCAAAUCCAAGCUCUUUAUGAAGCAUUAUGAAUACAUUGCAAAUUCUCACUCCCUUCCUCGGUGAGCGAGCAUAAAUAUUUGAAAAAUCCUUAUUUUUGGCAAAAAAAACUAGUUAAAAAAAAUUGUUUUUUAUGAAAAAUAUUUUGAUAUAUAAGUGAUAGCUAAUUCUAUUUAAUUUCAAAUAGCUCCCCAUUUUAAAACAUAAUUCUUACAGAUUGAAUUAAUAUUUGCUUUUAAAUUACUUCGAAUUGGGAUUUUUUAAACUUUGAAAAAAAUAUUUACUAUAAAAUCUAUAUAUAAAAAAAAAACCCUCUAUAUGCGAACAUUGCUUGCUUACGGGAGGUUAGCUAUUUGACUUUAUCUGGAAUCCCUUUUUCUAGCAAAAUAAGAGCGUUUCUGAAUAAUUUGAACAGUUUUAACUUAUUUCCAAAUAUGUUUUCUUAUUUAAUAGAUGAGAAAGAAGGAAAUACUCCAUAUUCUCAAGCUCAGGAUUUUGGAUAUGAGACUGAUCUAAUUUUGAUAAAUCAAGGAAAUGAUUUUACAUUGAUAUUGGCUUCUAUUGUAGCUCUACCAUUAAUAUAUUAUUUUUCGAAAUGCUCUCAGAGAUGGAUUGGUAGUAAGCUUACUCAUUACUUAUUUUAUUUUUAAUUAUUUUAUUUAUUUGUUGUCAAGUACUUUGAAUUUAUAUAAAUUGACUAAAUAAUCAUAUAAAAGAUAAUCUAAAAUAAUUAAAUAUAUAAGAUGUGCUUUAAAUUUAAUCAAAUUUUAUCAUAUUUAAAGGUAUUAAAUAUUUUAUAGAAAUAAUUUCAUGUUUCCUUAUAAGGAGUCAGAAAAACAUUAAAAUCAUAUCAAUUUGCAUUUUAUUUGAGAUUUUGGAUUCAAUGCUAUCUUGAAUUAGGAGCUGCAGUUAGUAUAGGAAUUAUCGAAUUAAAGUUUAUUAACGCAACACAAAUAAUCAAUUUUAUUAUCUGUGCAUCAGUCUGCAUAUUACUCAUUAUUACUCCAGGAUUAUUUUUUAGAUUUUCCUAUAAAAAUAAAAAUCAGAUCCUAUUACAUCAAAAAACAUUUUUUGCCUCUUUUGGGUCACUAUUUUAUGAGUUUAGAACUGACCAAGAAUUUCUCACAACCCAAUAUUACUUUGUAUUUUUUCUAAGGAGGCUUAUUUAUAUAGUAAACUUAGUCUACUUAAGAAACUACCCAGAAACAGAAGUUACCAUUAAUAUUGUGCUUUCCUUAAUGACUAUCAUGCACCUAUUACUUUAUUCACCUUUUAAAGACCAAAUAUCGCAAUUAAGCAACUUAGUUUCUGAAAUAUUAAUAUGUAUAAUAAUGGGCUCCACAGCUGCUUAUUUAUUUAAUCUUGAGUCAAAUGUGAUAUCUAAAAUUGAAAAUUGUAUUGUGAUUAUUAUUGUCAUAAUAAUAGGGGUUCAGCUGCUUGCUUCAAUAACUAUUUUUGUUAGGACUAUAUAGCCUAGGAUAGACUUUGAGUUUCUUAGACUAUAACGCUAUGAGCAACUUCCGAGUUUGAUUUUCUAGACAAAGUUGAUGGAGUUGACUAUGCGAUGUCUAAUAUGAGAAAUUUGUCAACUUUCUGAGCAAGUUUAUCAGCUUGAGUUUAGUGAGCUAACUCAGGGAAUGGCUGGUUUCUUCACAUAAUAGCGGUCUAAAAUUGCUCUUAGGCUAUAUAUGAUUUUUUUAGAGCUAAGUUCAACACUGGAAAUAUCGACAAAGUAAAAAUACUUCCGAUUCACAGCCAAAUUGUGCAAAAAGUAAAGAAAGCUGAUCAAAAAAUUAUUUUAUAA